AGCCUGGUGCUUCGGGGGGGCCCGCGCGGAGCGCCUGGAUGCGCGGCGGCCGCGCCAUCAUGGAGGGGGCGCCGCUGCCCGCGGCCGCGGCAUGGGGCAGCACUGCAGCGCCUUCGAGGUGGCGGGCCCCGCGAGCGCGAGGCCGCCGGAGGACCGGCCCGUCCUGUGCAGGCACGCCGAGGACAGCCCAGGGGGCGAGCAGACCGCAGAGGAGGCGGCCGAGGAGGAGGAGGAGCUGGGGCAGGAGGUCAUCGCGCCCGCUCGGGCCCGCGCCGCGGCGGCGGGCGCGGGCGGCGCGGAGCGCCAGCUGCAGGAGCCCGAGGCGCCCACGGGCGAACCCGCCUGCAGGCACGUGAAGGAGCUGGCCAUGCCCAUGGGCGGCGCGUUCUGCGGGCAGGUCCGAGAGCUCGACGGAAAGCCCCACGGCGUCGGCAAGCAGCGCUGGCCAGACGGAGCAGAGUGCUCAUUGUGAGAGGGGGAGGUGACGAUAGCUGAUGGCGGAGAUGGCGCAAGGCUCCCAGACAUAUUCGACGAAGGACCAAGUGCUUGAACAUAAACUUUCGGAGCUCCGCUCGGAUUUCUUGGCUCGUCGCCCUGGCGUCCCUGGCGGCGCCUCUGGCGCUGCCCCCGGCGCACCCCGCGCGCUGGGGAGGGGUUCCAGCGUAGAUCCAAUAAUUCCGCGCGGACCUCCAGCAAGUCAUGUUUACAGUCAACCCGCAUAGUAAGGAUGGGCCACCUUCCCGAAGGGUUCCUUGUAUCCCUCCGUUCUCGG